AUGACACAGCAAGGCCCACGACCGGGCAGCAGAUUGGCAGAUAAAAGCGAUUCCCCACCGCUGGACCUGAGCUGUCACGUUUCCAAGGGUCUGUCUCUGUGCGCCAGUUCAGCCCAAACAACGAGAAGAAUCCACCACCCGUUGGCAGCAACAACAACCAAGAGGCUUGCUCUCCUUCAUUUUAGCGGCUCCUCGUCUACGGAUCCGCUCCCGUUGCUGUGGUCUCAGCUAGUCGUGAGCCAGGGACUCCUAGGGCUCAGUAGAUGCGGUGAUCUCCUCUGGUCUCUGUUCUCCUUUCCUUCCUUUUCCCUCCCUUCUCCUUUUCCCAUCUCUAUUCCCGUCUUGUCCUGGUCACGACAACGGAUAACUCCAACAAUCCCAGUCAACAGACACUACCCUCUAACUCUUCUUUCUCCUACUGUUCGGUCUUGCGUUGUGAUUCCAUCCUUUCUUACAUCAACUUGCAUAAUACUACACCACCACGACCUACCUGCCCACCCUCCUGCAUCCAACCCACCCUCAUCCUUCAUCCUCGCGUUCUGGGUGGAAGAACAUGGUCUCGGUUUUCCUCUCCUGCCUCUCCUUGACCCAAGCAUCAGAGUCGCUCUUUCUCCCUCUACGUCGUUGAGGAAAAUUCCUGUUGCUCUCCGGGUUCUAGAGGCUCUAUGCCAUUCGCCGGACACCGAACUGCAAUCAGCUUCAAGAAUGCUUCUAACAUACCAUCUACAUUAUUAA